UCAUAAGAAGGAGAGCCAAAGGAGGAGGACCUGACUUUUCUCGGACUUCAGAGACAAUGGAGACUGAAUACGACCAAGUUCUUCGAUCCGUUGCUCAGGUGAACAUCGCCGACCAAAUCGGAGAUUCCGGCGAAGUAGACGGAGACGGUGUAAAAGUCUUGUGCUUCACUGAAGUUUUCGAUGAUGUCACUAUCCAGUUCCAGAUCAUCCGUCUCGCGAAACAGAUUUACGUAUGGGUCGGUUGCAAUUCCGCUAAAUUUGGGAGUUUGUACGCAGCCGCUUCAACACGACCGAGUAAUACAGUGAGUGUUACUUCAGUACUUGGUGGAACAUCUGAUAACACUGGAUCUGGCAUUGCGCGUAGAUUAGUGUUGAAGACUGGUCUCAAUAUAAUCCUGGCUUGUAACAUCCCUAAAAACAAUCCAUUGCUUGAGGCAAAAGCUGAGAAAGUGUUGAUCAGAAAGCUGAUUGAUCUUGGUUACACAAUGUCAAAACCUGUAAGAGCAACAUAACCAAUUUACCUGUUUCUUGAGGUUGUUUCUCCUCUUUGUGUCCUACCAUUUUUAUAUGUGGAAAUUUGUGAAUGAUUCUAACGUAUAUUGAUCAAGUGGCAUGAAUGAUCACCUUUUUUGGUUUCCGAUAAGUUUUCUUAGCAUUGUAUCGUCUCCCCAUUUAGUAGUUCCAUUCACCUGCAAUGGUCGAUGUGAAUGUUUAAAGAGUUUGUUCCUUUUUUCAUGAGUUCCAAAAUGUGCUUGUUUU